AUGGUCCAGAGCCUUUUCUGGAAGCAUAUUCCACUAAGCAGGUUUGUACCAAAGGACAGAUUUUACCAGGAGUUCAACAAUAGAGUGCAGAGCUCAAAAACAUUGCUGUGUUUCAGCUUGGGUCAGACCAACAAGGUUCUCUGGGACUUUUGGGGACACACAUACAAUAACCCUGGCUGUGACCACGCAGAAACCGUAGCACUAAGAGCCAUAAAAGACUUCCUGAAACAAUGUCGAGAGGAAAUGAGUCGAAAAUACGAGCUGACCAUGUACCUGUCUUUCAGCCCCUGCGCGGGCUGUUGCAAACGUCUCACAGCAUUUGUGAGGUCGGAGAGCGCUGUGCAAGUGAGCAUACUGGUGUCCAGACUCUAUUUCCCACAGUACAGGGACACUCGAGAGAACCUGCGACAGCUGGUGCAUUCGGGGAUCAGGCUCGAAGUGAUGGGCAGGAAGGACUUUGAAAAGUGUCACCACCUGUUUGUGGACUACUGCAGUAACUUCGAGGAGUGGCCUGAGCUGGACGAAGAGAGUGAGAAUGGCCGUGCUGUUCUGCAGGGUAUUUUGCAGGAGUGUGAGGAAGAGUCUCAUUCACAAUCUGAUGACCUAGAGAGCAGCAUCUGGCUGUCACUGACACCCGUAGAUGCUGGAACCAGCUGGACCUCACAAGAGCCUGAAACACCACAGAAAGCCCCCAGUGUGGCCAGUGACACAGGGUAUGCCCAGGGGGUGAAGAGAAAGCUUUUUGAUUUUUGCUAGGAUGUGAAUUUUAGAUUUGACCAGCAUAUAAUGACAUGAAAUUUUUACCCAAUGGAACACAACCUAAAGAGGCUACAUAUGUAUUGCUUCAGGUUUUAUGUAUUUUUGCCGAGUUAAUAAU